AUGCGUUCAAGUCGCAUUCGCCACUUUAAUGGCUCACCUGCUCCUACAACAUUGUUACAACCCGCGUCAUCAGCAACUGCAACUGCAGCCACAACGGAUGGUGACCUGACAGAGACCCCUGGUGACGAUGAAAGCAUUGACUCAUUAACAAAUCGGGAGGCUCACCCUCGCGGUGUUGCGCUAGGCGUAGCCGUUGUGGUAGGUUUGAUUGUUUCCUGGUUCAUCCUUAAACGGCGGAGACAACGACGUGUUCACCAAGCUCAGUUUGACCUGCCAGGGUCAACAGAGAUGAAACUCAUAAUGACGGACGGCAUGGCAGAAGUAGAUCCUGUUGUCAAAGCACCUCAUAAUGGACGUUGGGAAUUAAGUGGGCAGCACGAUCGACCGGAGGCCCCCAACAAUUUGCAACAACGCGUCUAUGAACUUGAAUAG